GAAGAAGCCCUUGCGCGCGCCCUCUCUUCCUUGGUGUUCCGUUAUAUCUUCUUAGUCCAAAUCAGUUCAGUAACAGUAGUUAGUCGUGACUGCGCCCCCUUCUUCCCACCCCCUCCCCCUUCUCGGAGAACGACUUACUAGUUAGUUAGUCCUCCACCACUACUCGGCAGUCCCCACGCCGGCUCUACUUUUUUUUCUCUCGAGAGAGGUUCCGAUGAACCGCUGAGCCCAGCCAAAAGUGCCAAACACGCUAUUGACUGGCGCCCAGUCCGAGACGAGUGACAAUUUAUUUUUCUUUGCCAAUUUCAGCAGGGGUAAGGUGGAAACAAAACUAACACGGGUGAAAAAAGCAAUACCGUCCAAUAAACGGAGAAUCUCGCCGACGAUGAAUAGGCCACCCCAAGGUCACGGUCAGCCACGGCUGGGUGCUACCUGGUAUCCAGGGGCCCAGGAUGAUUUCUAUAUGCCGGAGGUCAUAUCCCCCUCUCCUCAAAGGGUCAUGCCAGAAGUCCCGGAGAACAUGCAGGAUAAUAUCGCGCACCUCGAACACGAGGCCCGGAACCCCCACCACAACCAGUAUGAUCGUUCGCGUUACCCUGAACGAACUACCUCUGCGGUCGCUCAGGGUCAGGCUUCUCCAACCGCCGCUUACGAUUCCGCUCGUUUUGAGCAAGCCGCUGUCCACGACACUAUGGACGCCCCCAACUUUUCGCCAUUCCCAGUCCUGCGCAAUCCUCCACCUAACGUCCCCCCGACCGAUGAGCAGAGGGAGGUAAACUUGGAGAGGGCCCGCAUGGCCGUGCUGUCGUCAAAUGAUCCUGAUAUGCAGUUGGCCUGGGCGCAGGAUGCGCUCGCCUAUGUGGAAGUUGCUAUGCAAAAUGAGGCUCGUCUGUCGUUGAUUCAGCCCCCGCGCCCUCAGACACCUCCGGCGGAGCGGCAGCUGAAACUCGAUGCGAUGAAUAUCGUCAACUUUCUAGCGGAGCAAUAUCAUCCCAAGGCCGAAUUCAUCAAGGGAAUGUGGCUGGAGUUUGGCAAGUUUGGAUACCGCGUGGACAAGAAGGAAGCUUUCCGUGCCUAUUCGAGAGCUGCGGAGAAAGGCUACGCCAGAGCCGAGUAUCGUAUCGGCAUGCAGUUCGAGAGUUCGGGAGAGCCAGAGAAGGCUAUCAAGCAUUACGAGAAGGGAGUUGCGCUCGCAGACUCGGCUUCAUUCUACCGCCUGGGAAUGAUGAUCCUUCUUGGACAGCAUGGGCAACGCCAAGACUACCAAAUGGGUCUUAACUAUAUCAGCCUUGCUGCGCAGUCCUGCGACGAAAAUGCGCCUCAGGGAGCUUACGUUUACGGUAUGCUUUUGGCACGAGAGCUGCCCCAGGUAAACGUUCCUGAGCAGUUCUUGCCGCUGGAUCUGAAUGCUGCUCGCGUCAACAUCGAGAAGGCUGCUUACCAUGGGUUUGCUAAGGCCCAAGUCAAGAUGGGUGCGGCCUAUGAACUGUGCCAGCUUAGCUGUGAUUUUAACCCUGCAUUGUCCUUGCACUACAACGCGCUGGCUGCACGCCAAGGCGAGCCAGAAGCGGAGAUGGCUAUCAGCAAAUGGUUCCUCUGCGGCCAUGAGGGGGUCUUUGAAAAGAACGAUGAGCUGGCGUUCAUGUAUGCUCAACGUGCGGCUCAAAGUGGAUUCCCCACCGCUGAGUUCGCCUUGGGAUAUUUCUACGAAGUCGGUAUCUUCGUUCCGGUGGAUAUCAAAGAAGCCAGGAGCUGGUAUGCCAAAGCUGCAGCAAAUGGAAACAAAGACGCGACCGGCCGGAUCGAUAGCAUCUCGCGCUCCAAGACCCUAUCGAGGAAGGAUCAUGAACAGGUUGCGAUUGCCCGGAUCAAGUCGACUCGCUAUGGCAAUGGCCCGCGAGGGCCCCCGAUGAAACCGCCUCAGGAGAAUCUCGAAAUGCCCGAUCCCUCCAGAAUGACUCUAUCAGAUAACCCACCCGCCGCGCCUGCUCCUUACCCUGACAGACCGGGAUCUCGUGCUCGACCUGUGUAUCCGCCAGGAUAUCCCAUGGGUGCGGACCCCCGGCCAAGUUCUGCAUUUGGAAUCAACCCGAAUAUUCGGUCGAACGCGCCGAACUACAACCGUGCUGCUUCGUACGGGCCUAGCGCCAUGGGAUACCGCUCACCAGGCCCCAGUACGCCAUCAACGACUAGCCCCACAAGCCCAGCGUCGGCGGCACCUAAACUCGAUAUUGGCUACUCAGCACCCCUCGAGAAUCCUCACCCCGAUGCUCGCAGACGUCCUCAGCGACUGGACAACAUGCCUCCCCCAGACAGGAGACCUGUGCGGGGCCCUGCUUCUCCCCACUUCCAGGGUGGACCGACGGGCUCUCCUAGGCCGCCUGCCUCGCCUUCCACCGCAUAUCCCCCACGGACUGAAUCCAUGCCGCCGCCCGGUGCUGCAGCGACGCCCCGGCCCUCAUCAUCAUCUGCUUCCACACCUAAGCCUCCUCCCUCAACUUCGACUCCCAAGCCUCCCUCCACGGCUUCGAGCACAUCUAGCCAAAAACCCGCACCCGCUAAACAGCAUGGUAACCUGCCAGGCAAGGGCCCCAAAACAUUCGAGGAGAUGGGUGUUCCGACUGUCCAGAAAGACAAUGAUUGCAUCGUCAUGUGAUACCCUUGAAGAUCUCUUACUUUUGGUCUUUCUUCAUCUGUGCCAUAUUCGAAAGGAC